AUGCUUCAAAUUCGUGACUUUGGUUGCAAGGCUAACUUGGCUACCCUGAACAGAUUUGCAAUCGCUCUUCUUUCCGAAGAGCUGUCCAAAGGUUUUACCCUCCGGCUCGGAAACUGUGUUGAGGCUGUACUCCAGAGUGCCCUGUCUUAUGCAAAAGCAAAUAGCAUGUUUGAGGGUGGCGACCAGCAGGUCUCAGUCACCCAACUGCAAUGGCUGUACUUCGCAACUUACAAGAUUGCUUUGAAACUUAUGAAGUCUUCCGAAUUCCUCUGGACGACUUCUGUCCUAGACUACUCCACAGAUUUUGCGCUUCAGUAUCGCCAGGUUGCAUACCCUGAGAUGGACUCCAAGGCACCCAGACCGCAUCUCUUUGCGGUUGCUUACCUCCAUCUUCUUGCUAUGACCCUUAAAGCCCGCUGCGAGGGCGAUCCGGCUCAAAAGGCAUCGCACUACGAGCAAGUACGCGCCUGUUUCCAGCAACUCGAUGGGUUGCACGGUUGGGAGGAUGAUGAAGAAGAGACAGAUGAGGACGCAAAGGAGAAAGAGGACAGUCAUCAUGAUAUUGCGCAAUUCUUCGACCUUGAGGCUGCUAUGCACCUCAAGGAAUGGGACAAUAUCGCCAGCAUAUGUGCAUCCGACGGCGCAUUCGCUGAUCCGGAGUUUUAUGCGCCAAUCGUGGACAUGACUCUCCAAUUGGAUCUACCGCCUAGACUGGCGAUCCUGAUCAUCAAGGACGAUCCCCCUACCACAUGGCAACGCGAUUUCCAGGUUUCUUUGCCCCGGUACCUCCAUUGUCUAUUCACUCUAGCUAUUGCGCCGGCUAAAGACACAGACGUCUCUGGAGUUGCCUUUCUCGAUGUCGAAAUGGCAGACUCCAAGGUUGCUGAAGAAGUGCUCGAUCAAAUCCUGGCAAUGGCAGACGAAGGGGGAGGCGUCGAAGAACAUCAAGCCCUGAAUUCCAUACAGGCCGGGUUGGGGCUCUCUAAUGUGUUUACAUAUCCAGCUGCGGAGUUGAUCAAGAUUGCUACUGUGGCUUUCAACAAGGCUACUGACUUUUACCGUGCUACCCGGGACGAGGACUGUCAGCGUUGGGCGGGCAAGGCUAUUCGUAUUGCCCAGCUUGCGCCUGGUACCCAGGGCACACAGGUGGUCAAUAUGCUUCAGUCUAGGCUAGGCAGCUUGAUUGGAGUCUGA